AUGCCGGUGAUCUCAAUCGAUGGCCAUCAAGCACCACAAAUUGCAUUUGGGCUCGGGUCAUCCUGGUCAAAAGGCGGCGACGGGGGUGUCAGUCGAAAGGUCGUGGACACUAUCAAGAUGGCUGUUGGCGCAGGUUUUACCCACCUUGAUUGCUCUGAUGGUGGCUAUGGCACUGAGAAAGACCUCGGGGUUGCUAUCAAGGAGCUGGAACACGAGAUGCAUGUAUCCCGCUCCUCCAUCCACAUCACCACCAAGUGCAUGACUCUUCCCCACGACCCAUCAACAGCGUUAAAAGCCAGUCUCCAAAGACUCCAACUUGACUAUGUGGACCUAUACCUCAUCCACGCACCGUUCGAGUACAAAACCGCAGAGCAGAUACAGGCCGCCUGGGCACAAAUGGAAGCACUCCGUGAAAAAGGCCUGGCUCGCUCCAUUGGGGUCUCCAAUUUCCGGCCCGUGGACCUCGUGCCCAUCUACAAUACCUGCAAAGUGCCUCCUGCCGUGAACCAGAUGGAAUGUCACCCGUAUCUCCAGCGCCGCGAACUAAACCAGCUGAUGCGAGAGCAUGGCACGAAGACGUUCAGCUACGGACCGCUGGUUCCUCUCCUCAAGGUGGAGGAUAGUGGUAGUAAACCGUUAUCUAGGUACCUUCAGACCCUUGCUGCGAAAUAUGGGGUUUCUGCAGAUAAUAUUCUCAUGCGAUGGCAGCUGGAUCGCGGAUAUGGAGUUGUGAUUACUGCAACCGAAGAGUCGAGACUUCAUGAGUAUCUCCAAAGCAGUACAUUCAUGCUUGCCCCAGAGGAGCGGGAGGAGAUUGAGCGUAUUGGGUUGGACUUCCAUUUUCGCUCGUAUUUGGUGGGAGCUGGCAAGUUUAGCCGGGAGGAUCGUCUCUGA